AUGGCGAUCAAGCUCGGGAGGGAGAUUCACCAGCUGGCGAAGCAUAAAGGGCUGCUGAAAAACAAUCCAGUUCUGGGCUCCAGCCUGGGCCGAUCGAUCGAGGCCUUGGAGCGUUUCUAUUCCAUGACUCAGGAGGAGGGCUGUAAAGCUGACGAUGUGAGUUUUGUCUCGGUGUUGAACGCUUGCAGCCAUGGUGGUCUGGUCGGGAAAGGAAGGCAGCUUCUGGAUGAAAUGCCCAAGCAGUAUGGAGUCAAGCCACGUCUGGAGCAUUAUGUGUGCCUGAUCGAUAUGCUCGGGCGAGCUAACCUCCUCGACGAAGCUGUGAGAGUUCUCAGAGCCAUGCCUUUUGAAGCGGAUGCAGUGGUUUGGACGUCCCUGCUCGGAGCCUGCCGGAAGUGGAAGAAUUACACGAUUGGCAAACUCGCGUUUGAGCGUCUUGUGGAGAUGGAUCCCAAGAGCGGCACGCCCUACGCAUUGAUGGCCAAUAUAUUUGGAAACCUGGGGAUGCUCAGUGAAAGGGCUGCUGUUGUGGAGAGAAUGAGAGGUGAAGGCAGCUUCAGGGAGCCCGGGAGAAGCUGGUGGACGGAUGUUAGCUCAGGAAAAGUGCAUUCUUUUUCUGUCGGGGAUAGGAGUCACUCACAGAGCGACGAGAUUGCGGCCAAGCUCAAGCAAUUGCUGCUGAGAAUGAAAGAGGAGGGGUACGCGAGCGAUGUGAUCAACGAUCUAAAAGACAUGCCCGAGGAAGAUCACCUGUGCGGCCACAGUGAGAAGCUUGCGCUGGGGUGUGCUCUGGUGAACUCGCACCAGAAGGAGACCAUCAGAAUCGUGAAAAAUCUCCGAGUUUGUGACGAUUGCCAUGCGGCCACUACUCUCAUCUCUAAGCUGGAAAAAAGGCUAAUCAUCUGCAAAGAUGCCAGUCGGGUUCAUGUGUUCCAGGAUGGCAGAUGUUCCUGUGACAACUACUUUUGA